AUGCCAGUGGUGAAAAAGAGACGUACGCAUCACGGUAAAUCCUCUAGGAUCCAUCAUCAAUUACAGUUACAACAACAACAACAGUUACAGGUGAAGCAAAGAUUUGAAAAUUCUCGUCUAAGGCCCGAACAUGUAUCUGCAGUUUCACACGAUGAGAGUGAUACAAUUUCAUACAGAUCACAUCUUUUGAAAAAUUUCAUCAAAUCAGGAGAAUUUAUAGAUGUUUUAACUACACAAUUGGUUCCAUUAGAUAAGAUAAAGCCACCCGAAAUCUUCAAGGGAAUCACGCCAAGUCAGUUGGAAGGAAAAUUACAAGUACAAAAGGAAUCACUGUCACAGUUACAAGAAGUGCUUAAUGGAUUUAAAUGGGAGUUAGAUGACAACUCUAGUUUCUUAAAGGAUAAACUCUGGUCGGCAGAAUUGAAUCUACAAGAACCUGACGAAAUUUUGAAGCUGUAUGAAUCCAAAUUUGAACUUAGGUCGCAGGAAAAUAGUGUCGUUACUCAUAAAGGUAAAUUUACCCAUUUACAAAAAGAUCAAAGCCGUGCUCCUGAUGGAUAUUGGUCUAAUCAUGCAAAAUUGAAGAAAGAACUUAGAGAGAAGAAAUUACAAAUUCAAUGGGAACAAGAACAGGAAAGGCAAAGACGAGAACAAGAGAGGAGAGCCCAAGAGGAGGAAGAAUUGCGUAGAAAAGAAGAAGAGCAACAUCAACAGCGGCAACGAGAAAGGGAACAGCUGGAACAAGAACACUUCCAACGGCAACAGCUGGAGCAGCAGCAGGAACAACAGCAGGAACAACAGCUACAGCCUGCUCAAGACGAGAAUCAAGAUCAACAGUUUCAGGAAGGUCCUAAUGAUUCCCAACAAGAUGAGCAAUCACCUGAUGAUGAUUCAAAGGCACAGGUGCCUCCAUCUCAGCAACAAAAUUCAAAUCCAAAUAUGAUGGAUAGUAUAUUCGGUGAUUUCGGUAAUGAGCCCUUCAAUAAUGGAUUUGAAGAUGAAUUUGGUGAUAUUGAUACCGCGUUCUUUUAA